AAUUCCUCUUCUCUUCUUCCGAUUAUAACCUUUGUCGCUCCAACAAAGCAAGACUAUAACCAUCCAAGCGAAAAAACUCACCACGAUGAAGAGCAUGUUUCUUACCGUCCUCUUCUUGCUCAUGGCUACCGCUCUGGCUGAGACUGCAGUGUGUGGUGUCGGAGAGUACAGCAGCACUGGAAACCCAGAGGAUUGCUCCCCUUGUGGCCGUGGAAACUAUAGCGAUGGAUCAUCUGCUGGGUGUCAGUCCUGUCCCGUCGGAACCUUUCAACCCGACAACGCCGCUGGUCCCGAUGACUCUGUCUGUACUACCUGUGAUCCUGGAUUCGUUGCCUCAGUAGGCAGCCAUGCCUGUGAGGCUUGCUCUGCUGGCACGUUUGCUCCUCCAAACUCUGAUACAUGUGUUGAAUGUCGUCCUGGUCAAUUUUCCAAUGAUGAAGCCACCGAAUGCACUCCCUGUAGUCCAGGAAGUUUUGCUCCAAUAUCAGGCAGUUCAGUGUGUUCCCUCUGUCAGCCUGGUUCUGCUACUGCUGAAUCUGGAUCCCAGACCUGUCAGUUUUGUUCUGAAGGGACAUUUUCACAAGAUUUUGGAGCUGAGAUGUGUUCUGACUGCGAUCCUGGAUCCGUUGCCCCCGUACGAAGCAGUGCAUGCCGGCCUUGUGUGGCUGGCACUUUUGCUAUUCCUAACUCAGAUUCUUGUGUGGACUGUGAUCCUGGUGAAUUUUCCGAUGAUGAAGCCACCGAAUGCACUCCUUGCAGUCCAGGAAGUUAUGCUCUACAUCCACACAGUCCUGAGUGUACCCUGUGCGACCCUGGCUCUGCUACUGCUGAAUAUGGGUCCCAGGCCUGUGAACAGUGCCCCGCUGGGACAUUUUCACAAGAUUUUGGAGCUGAUAUGUGUUCUGACUGCGAUCCUGGCUCUGUUGCCCCCGUACGAAGCAGUGCAUGCCGGGCUUGUGUGGCUGGUACUUUUGCUCCUCCAAACUCUAAUGCCUGCAUGGACUGUGGUCCUGGUCGAUUUUCCAAUGAAGCAGCCACUGAAUGCACUGCUUGUGGUCCAGGAAGUUUUGCUCCAAAUUCGAGCAGUCUCGAGUGUACCCUGUGCGACCCUGGCUCUGCUACUGCUGAAUAUGGGUCCCAGGCCUGUGAACAGUGUCCCGCUGGGACAUUUUCACAAGAUUUUGGAGCUGAGAUGUGUUCUGACUGUGAUCCUGGAUUCAUUGCCCCAGCAGGAAGUAAUGAAGUUUUGCUCCAAAUUCGCGCAAUCCCAUUUGUACCCCUUGUGAGCCCGGCUCUGCUACUGCUGAAUAUGGGUCCCAGACUUGUGAACAGUGUCCUGCGGGGGAAUAUUCCAAUGAGGGUGAUAUAUCUUGCACAUCCUGUGAUGCUGGGACAUUUUCAGCUAUUGCAGGUUCGGGGAGCUGCCAGCAGUGUCCAGCCAACAGUUUCUCUACAGGGGGAGCUACCUCGUGUACCAUCUGCGAUGAUGGGUUUGUCUCAGAUCCUGGCAGUGAAUCAUGUGUCUUGGACAGCAACGGAGGCGAUGGUGGUACGGGAGAUGGAGGAGAUGGUGGUACAGGAGAUGGAGAUGGAGGGAGAUGGUGGUACGGGAGAUGGAGAUGGAGGAGAUGGAGAUGGAGGAGAUGGUGGUAUGGGAGAUGGAGGAGAUGGAGAUGGAGGAGAUGGAAAUGGAGGGGAUGGAGGAGAUGGUGGUACGGUAGAUGGAGAUGGAGGAGAUGGAGAUGGAGGAGAUGGAAAUGGAGGAGAUGGCGGUAUGGGAGAUGGAGAUGGAAAUGGAGGAGAUGGUGGUACGGGAGAUGGAGAUGGAGGAGAUGGUGGUAUGGGAGGUGGAGGAGAUGGUGGUACGGGAGGUGGAGGUGGCCAUGAUGGAGGCAUGACAAUGGAUCCCCAUGUUCAGGUAGAAAUUUGA